CGUGCUAGACAUUACAAGUGGCUGAAUAACAUGUUUUAAGAUCUGUGUACCUGUCAAUUCAGACGAUAGUAAGGAGGUGACACAAUGUUUGCAUCAAAGGUCUGGUUUAGAGUAUGUACAUAUUUAGUAGCUCCGAAAUGCGGUAGCAGUACAGUGGCUAAGAAGCUGAUCGCCGAACACCCAAGGGAAUCUAAUUAUCAGGUUCUGAGGAAUUACUUAAAAACUGAAAAUAGUUUGAAUAAACUUCAGUUUAACAAUGUCCAGAAAAUCAACCUUCACACGUCCUGCAUUCAGUGUGGAAACAAAAAAUUGUUUAAAAAGUUUGCCUCAAAAACAAAAAAGAAGUUUUGGUACGAAAGCCCAACCCUUGGAUCUAAACUGAUGUGCAAACCGUCCAGUUUGGAGACCGUUUUGAAGCGCACAUCAUCACCACAGAAAGGCAGCAGAGAAGACAGCAUCCGUAUGAGAACUCUGAACACCAUUCUGUACAAGGCAAUCGCAGACCUGAUGAGCACUUAUGAAGUUAGUCCGCAACUUUUUGACCUCGGAGUUGAAAUUUCAAAGGUUUCUCUGCCGUUGGAUUUCUCCUCCUGCCGUGUGUACUGGAAGAUAAGUGGGAAGUCUGAGAGAGAUGAUUUAAUUCAGCAAGUUCUGGAAAAGAGUGCCCCUCGCAUAAGAUAUCUUCUCAUCACUCGCCAAGUUCUUGGAAGUGUCCCCCCUGUAACGUUUAUUAAAGACAAACAAUAUGCAGCAAUAUCAGAGGUUGAAAAACUGUUAGAGGCUGCUGACUUUGGGCCAGAAGAGAGCACAGGGGAUUCUAUGUCACUCGUGAAUGAUCAGAGAGAAACUUCAACCUCAUCAAACCUGUUUGGAAUCAACCAUGAAACACUGAACAGACAAAUCAUGGAGCACAAGAAGAGAUCCACAGAAAAGCUCACAGAGCCUGUAGACUCCAGCUUAACAGAGCAGCAGCAAGAGCUGCUGGCAGAGAUGAGGAAAAAGAAGACCAUAAAGAAAAAAAAAGCAAAGUACAACUUUGAUGAUGAUAUCACCCCUGAGACGUACCUGCUGGAGAAAUACAAUCAAGAAAAGUAUAGUGAAGAGAGGGACCAGCUAGAGGACCAGCUAGGAGAAUCAGAGGUUAAAGAAAUGAUGGCACAGGAAGACCAACAAACCAGAUAGUGCUUGAUCUGUACAAUGCAUGGACAUUUUCAAGCUGCUUUCUUCAUUAAACAAUGUAUGUAGCUAGAGCUAUAUAUCAUUAUUGGUAUUCACAGGUUCCAUGUACUUGCUGUCAUUUCACAACAAAAUAUUUUCCUAAAUCUUACCUGCUCUACACUUGAAUUUACUAUAUUGGUCUCAAAUGGGCAGUUUUGAAAUAAACACGCCAUAGCAAACAUGUGUUUUCAUUUUAAAACAGGACAUUGGCUACUACUCCGGAUAUAAGAAAGCUUGGUCAGUUCGCUUGCCUAGCCUGUCAGAGAUCUGUUACCCAUGCAAUUCAUAAUUCAAUUCACCUCAGUAGUGUCUUCAUGGUCAAGUCAUCUUACUGGCUGGGAGCAUGUCAGUCAGUAGGGGAAUCAGCUGGUUGGUUACUGACAGGAGACCCGUAAGGGGUGGGGACAGAUUUCACUCCUGACCAAGAC